AUUUAUUUCCACCUGGGCAAGCGUUUUCCCCACCUUAUACAGUGGGAUUUCUCCUGUGGAGAGUUUGUUCCUUGUCCAGGAGCCUUAAGCUGGAGGUUGUGGCCAGCCUUGGGGCGAUGGGCUGCCGGCACCUGGGGGGCGGCCAGCAGCCCUGCUUUUGUGCAGAGCAGAAUGCGGGCAAGCCUUGGUCUUGGGGCUGGCAGCUCGUGGGACUUCUCAGGUCGUUGUGAUAAAAUUGGGAAAACUGAUUUUGUGGAAGUCUGGGUGAAUUAAGAUAUUACGGUGGAUUUGGAAAGCCCUGAAAGAAUGACCAUGCAACCCAGAUCUCACAAGAGGUAUCUCUUCACAAAUGUCAAAGCUUCUGAAGAGCAGAAAACAGGUGGACUCUCACUACUGCCCCAGCUGCCUGGAAAACAUGCCUUCGGCCGAAGCCAAGCUGAAAAAGAACAGGUGUGCUAACUGCUUUGACUGCCCCUGCUGCAUGCACACCCUUUCCACCCGCGCCACGAGCAAAAAAACCCCGCUCCCUGAUGACCCGGCCAAGACUACCAUGAAGAAAGCGUAUUACUUGGCCUGUGGAUUUUGCCGCUGGACUUCCCGGGAUGUGGGCAUGGCAGACAAGUCUGUUGCUAGUGGUGGCUGGCAGGAGCCGGAGAAUCCUCACACACAGAGGAUUAACAAACUGGUUGAGUACUACCAGCAGCUGGCUCAGAAAGAGAAGAUUGAGCGGGACCGGAAGAAGCUGGUGCGGCGCCGAAACUACAUGCCCCUGGCCUUUUCGGACAAAUAUGGCUUAGGAACCAGGCUUCAACGCCAGAGGCCCGGAGCACCGAUCAGUGCCCUCGCCGGACUCUCGCUGAAGGAAGGAGAGGACCAAAAGGAGAUCAAGAUUGAGCCAGCUGAUGCAGUGGAAGAAGUGGAACCUCUUCCUGAGGAUUACUACACAAGACCAAUCAAUCUGACAGAAGUGACGACUCUGCGUCAGCGUCUGCUGCAGCCUGACUUCCAGCCGAUCUGUGCUUCCCAGCUCUACCCACGUCAUAAGCACCUCCUGAUCAAACGUUCGCUGCGCUGUCGGCUGUGUGAACAUAACCUGAGCAAACCAGAAUUCAAUCCGACAUCUAUCAAAUUCAAGAUCCAGCUGGUUGCUGUUAACUAUAUGCCUGAAGUGAGAAUCAUGUCUAUUCCCAACCUGCGCUACAUGAAGGAGAGCCAAGUCCUCCUGACUCUGACCAAUCCAGUGGAGAACAUCACACAUGUCACACUGCUGGAGUGUGAGGAGGGAGACCCUGACAACAUCAACAGCACCGCCAAGGUGGCAGUUCCUCCCAAGGAGCUUAUUCUGGCCGGCAAAGAUGCUGCAGCAGAAUAUGAUGAGCUGGCAGAGCCUCAAGACUUCCAGGAUGACCCUGACAUUAUUGCCUUCAGAAAAGCCAAUAAGGUAGGAGUUUUCAUCAAGGUCACCCCGCAGAAAGAAGAGGGUGAGGUGACCGUGAGUUUCAAGAUGAAGCACGACUUUAAAAUCCUCACCGGUAUAAUCCGGCCCAGCGAGGAAGGCGAUCAUACCUCUGGGGUCGUCUGGCUCACCCAUCACGUGGAGCUCAGCCUCGGUCCAGUGCUCCCAUAAACGCUCCCAACGCUUGUGCCCCGACGGCUGGCCGCAGGACGGGCUGUCACAGUAAAGAAAGCACUGGGUGAAGCGUUCUGCGAGAGCUCCUUUGUGAUGUGUGGGUGUGUGCCAUGGGCCCCAGCCGGGCCGUGAGGAGGUGGCUGAGGGUGCCGUGGUUUGGGAUGGUUUGUUCUCCUCUUGUCGUAGUGCCCACUAACUACCGCUCCGCUCCCCCACACCGCCACAGGCUAGUUUAACUUGCAGCACGUGUUUCAGCACAGAGGAAGAUCUCGCUCUCUCCAGAUUUGCACUGCACCUGGCUAAAUUUGGCUUUAUCAACAGAAAAGAACCCAUAUUGGUUUUUUUUCUUCAUGUCAGCCCACAAACCUGAUGUUACAUCCUCAAUAGCGAACAAAUUCUUCUUCACACAGAGCUAUGCCCUUCCCGAACAAACAUUUUAAGAGGUGACCAUGUCUGCUGUGUUAUUGGCAAGCUAUUGGCAGCAGCACAAUACUUUUUUUUGGUUUUCUGCUACCUCGUAGGAUACCUCAGCUGUGGGGGAUUGGGACAUCCAACCCUACCACUCUGGCAUAUGCAGCUUGCUUAGCCGAGGUGACGGAUCUGUUUUCACAAAGGGAAUGAUCAGUUUGCCUUGAAACUCAAAAUGUAGUGUACUGUAGCGUUCAUGGAUUUGACUGGCAACCAAGCCCGCUGUGUCGCAGGUGGCUGUGGUAGCGUGGUGUGCUACGAGGUGGGAAUUCAGGUUCUGGUACAGCUCUUGACCGAGGCAGGGGUGCUCCGGAGAGGCUGCUUGGCAGUCUUCAGAUCAAUUAAUGCGUGUUAAUAGGGGAAGCGAUCAGAGUAUGAAACUUGGAGAGUUAGAAUUAGGCCUGGUAUACAUAAAACCCCAGUUUGAGUUCAUACUCUGUCUUCUUCCAGUUAGGGUGGGUGGGAGGGAGGUAUGAAGGUGGAAGGCCAGUUACACAUUACCUAGCAUACACCGUACCAUAAGGUAAUUUAUCUGGGGUGUAAUUUGGCUGUAGCCCAAGCUAGAACCAGUAAUUAAGAGCAGCGUAUCCGGGAUACUGAAUUACCAGUAACUGCACAGCUUAGUGCAAGCGGGCGAGAGCGCUCUCCCUGCCCAGCAUUCCCAGUUCAGGCGCUGACCUCUGUUAAACAUUUCUGGGAAGGGCUCCACUACGGGCCAGC